AUGGCAGAAGUUGCUCUUUCUGCAGCAUUGGUUUCACUUCAGGUGGCGCUCCCCGCCAUCAGCCUACAACUGAAUCGCAAGAAAAAUGAUGAUGAUGAAGAUGAUAUCAACAAUAAAAUUGAGAAUAUCAUACGUUUGCUGAAGAGUAUGAAGGCCUUCAUAGAGGAUAAUGAAGACCUUAUCGAGCACAGCACUAGGUUGAGGAAAGAUCAAGUCGAACAAGUUCGAGACAUUGCUUAUGAGAUAGAGGAUGUUCUUGACGAGAUUUCCCUACACAGUAUGCAUGAAUUUCGCAGCAAUAAAAUCAUUCGGAAAUCCUUCGAGGUGGGCCAUAAUAUGAAGCAUGGCUAUCCUCUUCGAGGGAUCUCCAAAAAGAUCACAAGCCUCGACAGGAAGAUCGAACUUAUAGGCACACAAAUGAGAAUCUUUCCUCCCGCUAGAUCCCAGCCUCCAAGAGAUGCAAGGAGUUCUGGCACAAGCACUGCUCGAGUUCAAGUGAGUCGUCUUCUCCUUGACGAUGAACUGGUUGGGUAUAAAAAACACAAGGAAGAAUUUAUUCGUCAAUUGAUAGAUGGAGGCCAUAGCCCAGCUGCAGUGGGAGAAAAGGGACUAGUCAGAAUAGCUGUGGUCGGCCCUGCUGGUUCGGGGAAGUCAACAUUUGUAAAGAAUGUGUUCUGGGAAAGAAAAUUUUUUGGACAAUUUGAUUGCCAUGCUUGGGUUCAUGUGUCUCCGUACUUCGAUGUCAAGGAACUCUUAAGCGGUAUGCUAGAUCAAUUUCGUACAUCUAGAAAGGAAUCAUAUCACCGUGAAGCUGGAGAUAUUAUGACAAAUGUAAGAAAUUACCUGGUGGAAAAGAGGUACGUUGUUGUCCUAGAUGAUAUUUGGAGAGUUGAACACUACGAGGGCAUUAUGAAUGCAUUUCCAAAUGAUGUCUACGGUAGCAGAAUAAUUGUUACCACCAGGGCUCAUGAUGUGGCGUCUUCGUUUGCAUCCUCAAACCGAUUUAUACAUAACCUGAAUGGUUUAGAAUGGCUAGAUGCUUGGACGCUCUUCUGUAAAAAGGCCUUCCACGAUAGCAAUGGGGAAUGUCCUUCAGAGUUGAAGGAUUGUUCUAACAAAAUCGUGAAAAGAUGUGAAGGACUGCCCCUUGCUAUUUUGGCGGUAGGUGGUGUGCUAUCACAGAAACCCAACUAUCCAGAUGUGUGGGAGAAAUUUCACGACAGCCUUGGAUAUGAAAUUGGAAGUAAUUCCUAUCUGUCAGGUAUUGGGAGUAUGCUGUUAUCUGGCUACAAGGAUCUCUCAAGUAAUCUUAAGAGUUGUUUCUUGUACUUUAGCAUUUUCCCCGAAGAUUACUCCGUUGAUUGUGGAAGGCUCAUACGCUUGUGGGUAGCAGAAAGAUUUGCGAUUGAAACAGAUGGGAAAACUGCUGAAGAGGUAGCCGAGGACUAUCUCAACCAACUGAUUAUGAGGAAUUUGGUUCAUGUUUCCAGAAGGAAUUUUGAUGGUCGACCCAAAAACUGUCGAGUUCUCAAUCUGGUGCUUAAAUUUAUUGUUCAGAAAUGCAAGGACGAGAAUUUUGCAUCAGUUUUCUCAAAGCAAAACAGUCCAAACCAGAAAGUGCGUCGCCUAUCCGUUCAGAGUGCUUGCACUUUUUCGUCAAUGAACAUUCAGAAAGUUCGUUCCAUGUUCCUCUUCAGCUAUGACAAUAGUUCUCCCUCUGCUAUUGAAAACAAAUUUCAGGACCCGAGAUUGCUAAGAAUCUCGGACAUGCAAGGUUCAACUCUGACAGAAUUUCCAAAAAAAUUUGUUCAUCUCGGCCUCCUAAAGUAUCUUAAUUUAAGGGAUACUGAAAUAAUGGUGAUUCCCAAGUCCAUAAAGAAGCUUUAUUACCUUGAAACAUUGGAUCUUAAGAGGACUAACGUGGUCAAGCUUCCAAAAAAAAUCCGUGUACUGAAGAAUCUCCGGCAUCUCUUUGCUAGCCAAAAAACUGUGAAGAAUUUUACGGAUUUCGACUCUAUGCGAGGAGUUAAGGUAUUUGAAGGGAUUGGAAACUUAACUAGUCUACAGACAUUGUCUCUUGUGAAGGUUGGCAAAAGUGGUAGGAUCAUACAGGAUUUAAAACAUUUGAGCCAACUCAGGAAGCUGGGACUUACUCAGAUCCCAGAAGAAUUUAGCAGAGACUUGUGUGAAUCCAUCGAAAAGAUGGAGAAUCUGAACUGUUUGGAUCUAUCUACAACCACUAAGAAAGAUUAUCUUCAACUGGGUGAAUUGGUCAAUCCUCCUGUCUCUCUUCAGCGGCUAUACUUGAAAGGGCGCCUCGAAGAAUUCCCAAAAUGGAUCUCCUCACUUAGUAAUCUGUUCAAAAUUGUUCUGAAGUGGUCCAAGUUGCGCUACAGUCCACUGAAUUCUCUUCUAGAUCUGCCUAACCUCAUGGAGCUUCACCUGGUCGAUUGUUAUGUGGGCGAGGAGUUGGUAUUUGAACAUUCGAGCUUCCAGAAACUAAAGAAAUUGGUUAUCGAAGAACUUUCAGAACUACACAACAUUGUGAUUGAGAAAAAUGCUAUGCCUGAACUUCAACAAAUAUCACUCAGUAGAUGUCAGAAUCUGAAAAUGCCUCCAUUGGGCAUCAGUGAACUUGCCAAAGUUGAAGAGCUAACACUGUGUGAUAUGAACCAGGAAUUUAUAGCUGCAUUUAGAAAGGGUGGUGCAGGUCGUGCAACGGUGGAACAUAUCCCCGUGAUUCAUUCUUUCACCCGUAAUGGCCAGUUCUCGUCAUUUGAGAAUCUUUCUUAUUUUCCUAGAGUAUGA